CUUAUGCUUCCUGUUUGUGAAACUUGGUCAUCUUAGCAGCACAGACUUAGGACUGAGAGCUGAUCAUGACACGGAACCAACUACAUAACUGGCUGAAUGCUGGGUUCUUCGGGCUGCUGCUUCUUCUUAUCCAUGUGCAGGGUCAGGACUCACCAGAGGCCAACCCCAUCAGAAACACACAUACAGGACAGAUCCAAGGCAGCCUUAUCCACGUGAAGGACACUAAAGCUGGUGUCCACACCUUCCUGGGAAUCCCCUUUGCCAAACCUCCUGUAGGACCACUGCGAUUUGCACCUCCUGAGGCCCCUGAACCAUGGAGUGGUGUGAGAGAUGGAACUGCACAUCCGGCCAUGUGUCUGCAAAAUCUUGACAUGCUGAAUGAAGCAGGCCUGCCAGAUAUGAAAAUGAUGCUGUCUUCCUUCCCUAUGUCUGAGGACUGCCUGUAUCUCAACAUCUACACCCCAGCCCAUGCCCAUGAGGGCUCUAACCUGCCUGUGAUGGUGUGGAUCCAUGGAGGUGCACUGGUUAUAGGAAUGGCUUCCAUGUUUGAUGGAUCUCUAUUGACAGUCAAUGAGGACUUGGUGGUUGUUACUAUCCAGUAUCGUCUGGGUGUCCUGGGCUUUUUCAGCACUGGAGACCAGCAUGCCAGAGGCAACUGGGGAUACCUGGACCAAGCAGCUGCCCUACGCUGGGUCCAGCAGAACAUCGCUCACUUUGGAGGCAACCCUGACCGGGUCACUAUUUUUGGCGAGUCUGCAGGUGGCACAAGUGUGUCUUCACAUGUUGUGUCCCCCAUGUCCCAAGGGCUCUUCCAUGGUGCCAUCAUGGAGAGUGGGGUGGCCCUGCUUCCUGACCUUAUCUCUGAAACCUCUGAGAUGGUUUCCACUACGGUGGCCAAGCUUUCUGGAUGUGAGGCUAUGGAUUCCCAGGCCCUGGUGCGCUGUCUGAGAGGCAAAAGUGAAGCAGAGAUUCUGGCUAUUAACAAGGUCUUCAAGAUGAUCCCUGCUGUGGUGGAUGGGGAGUUCUUCCCCAGGCAUCCCAAAGAGUUGUUGGCAUCUGAGGAUUUUCACCCUGUCCCCAGCAUCAUUGGUGUCAACAAUGAUGAGUUUGGCUGGUCCAUUCCUGUGGUCAUGGGCUCUGCUCAGAUGAUAAAAGGAAUAACCAGAGAGAACCUGCAGGCUGUUCUGAAGGAUACAGCAGUACAAAUGAUGCUGCCUCCUGAGUGUAGUGACCUGCUAAUGGAAGAGUACAUGGGGGACACUGAGGAUGCCCAGACCCUCCAAAUACAGUUCACAGAGAUGAUGGGAGAUUUCAUGUUUGUGAUCCCUGCACUCCAAGUAGCACAUUUUCAACGCUCCCAUGCCCCUGUCUACUUCUAUGAGUUCCAACAUCCACCCAGCUACUUCAAGGAUGUCAGACCACCCCACGUGAAGGCUGACCAUGCUGAUGAGAUUCCUUUUGUCUUUGCGUCCUUCUUCUGGGGCAUGAAACUUGACUUCACUGAGGAGGAGGAGCUGCUGAGCAGGAGGAUGAUGAAGUACUGGGCCAACUUUGCACGACAUGGGAACCCCAACAGUGAGGGUCUACCCUACUGGCCUGUGAUGGACCAUGAUGAGCAGUACCUGCAACUGGACAUCCAGCCUGCUGUGGGUCGAGCCCUGAAGGCUGGAAGGCUGCAGUUCUGGACCAAGACUCUGCCCCAGAAGAUCCAGGAGCUAAAGGCUUCUCAGGACAAGCACAGGGAGCUUUAGUACCCUGUAUCAAAAAAAAUGUGUUUGGGGUUUAAAGUCAAUAGCGCUACAAAUUCCAUUUAUUUAUUUUUAUUUGUUCCAACACUUACAUAAGCAUCUGUCACCUCAGUCUUUGAGCUUUCAUGUAUGAAAAAUACUCUGUAUUACUUAUCAUUCUGGCCAAACUUUCAUUAAAUUCAAUAAAUUCUCAAAUAACACUGUGGAUGUGUGAGCCUCAAA